AGGAUCUAAUCGUUUCAUCAUCGUCAUUUUUAUAUAUAUAUGCGGACAAUCGGCUGAAAUUGUUUCGUCUUCUCCUCCAUUUUCUACCACUGCGGCAAUUUCCUUUCUGUUUUUGGUUUCUUCUGCCGAAUAUUCGACUUCCUCUGCCGCUCUCGCUCCCCCAAUCUCUCUCUCUCUGCAAUUUUUCUCUUCUUCUGUCUUCUUUCGUUGCAGAUCUAGGUUUUUGAACUGGUCGGGAUGCAAGAUUUGUUGCUAUAUUCUCUUCUGUUCCUUGGAUCUGUCAACUUCGCUGCGGAUUUCAAAUUCCCCUAGAGAAUCCAUUGGAGAUCUGCUUCAAUUCCUCCCAAGUUUUUCUUCCGGGUUAUUGUUUAUGAGUUUCUUUCUUUUUUCAGGGCUUCACGAGCUUUUUUUUUCCGGUAUGUAAUAGUGCUGGAUAAAGGAAGUUUUUCUUUUUCUCUUGUUUUUUUAGUUUUUAUUUUUUUGUUGGGUUAAAUAUAUUGUUCUUCAGAAAGUUUUUCCUUCUUUUUUCCUUUCCCUGGGGAAAGUUGCGUCCAUUUUUAUCCUUUAUUUUUCCUGGAAAGUUCGGGGGAAUUUUCCGUUUGGAUGCUGAGAAACGAUGAAUUAUUUUCCCGACGAGGUUCUGGAACAUGUUUUCGACUACGUUACGUCUCACCGGGACCGGAACGCGGUGUCGCUGGUGUGCAAAUUAUGGUACAGAGUGGAGAGAUUUAGCAGGCAGAAAGUCUUCGUCGGAAAUUGCUAUGCGAUCACGCCGGAGAGACUCAUCGGCAGAUUCCCGGCCGUCAAAUCCCUAACCUUGAAGGGGAAGCCCCAUUUCGCUGAUUUCAAUUUGGUCCCUCAUGAUUGGGGCGGCUUCGUUUACCCUUGGAUCCAAGUCUUCGCCAAGCGUCGGAUCGCCCUCGAGGAGCUCCGCCUCAAGCGGAUGGUUGUUUCCGACGACAGCCUCGAGCUCCUAUCCCGAUCCUUCCCCCAUUUUAAGUCCCUGUUCCUCUUCAGCUGUGAAGGAUUCACCACCAAUGGCCUUGCAGCCAUUGCUUCCAAUUGCAGGUAUCUGAGGGAGCUGGACCUGCAAGAGAAUGAAAUUGACGACCAUAGUAAUUACUGGCUUAGCUGCUUUCCAGAGAACUGCACAUCACUUGUCUCCCUGAAUUUUGCUUGCCUCAGAGGAGAAGUAAAUCUGGGCGCUCUUGAGAACAGAAGAAGGUUUGGUUGCUAUAUCGAUGGGUUGCCCGAAACUUCAUUCGAUAUUAUACUUCUGCCAUCAGAUGACCAAUGCUGCCCUGGUAACCGUGGCCAAGAACAACCCGAACUUCAUCCGCUUCAGGUUGUGCAUCCUUGACCCCACGAAAGCGGACCCUGUAACCAAUCAGCCACUGGAUGAAGGUUUUGGGGCGAUUGUCCAAGCGUGCAAAGGACUGAGACGUUUAUCUCUCUCGGGCCUUCUUUCAGAUCAGGUCUUCUAUUACAUUGGCGAAUACGCAAAGCAUCUGGAAAUGCUUUCUCUAGCAUUUGCUGGGGGGACUGACAAGGGAAUGAUUCAUGUGCUUAACGGUUGCAAGAAACUUCGCAAGCUCGAGAUCAUGGACAGCCCGUUCGGAGACAUGGCACUUCUGCAGGACGUCGGGAAGUAUGAAACAAUGCGAUCCCUUUGGAUGUCGUCCUGCGAGAUUACUCUUGGUGGCUGCAAGACUCUAGCGAAGAAGAUGCCGAGGCUGAACGUGGAGAUCAUCAACGAGAAUGAUCCAUCGGAAUUCGGCCGUGACGACGGGAAGAGAGUAGGAAAAAUGUAUCUCUACCGUACAUUAGUAGGGCCAAGGAAAGAUGCACCAAAGUUUGUGUGGACAGUGUAGAUUUGAUACUCUUUCCUUCAGGCUUUUGAAUUACUUGUACCUCUUUUUUCUCUUCUUCUUCUUGUAGGGCUCUACUGACCAGUGGAUUUUUAUUUUUAUCUUAGCUAUGUGAGUUUAUUAGUGUAUUGGUGUUAUUGUAAUUAUUGGGAGUUUUUCAAUCUGUAAUCUGCAUUGAUGUUAUAGACAGACUUUCAAAUUCCAGUUUUCUAAGUCCUAAA